AUCGUCUUGGCACAGAAACGCUUGUCUUAGAAUAGUUCGCGCGUGCGUAGUAGUGAAAUUCCGGGUGAAAGAAAUUACGGGGGACUAAGAGGAAAAGUGGAAAUAUUUAACAAAACUGAAAAAUGACGGAUUUCAAAGUUACCGAGAAACAAUUUACAGAUGCGAAGUCAACAUUCCAUCUGUACGUUAAGAAGGGAACCGAAGAAGUUGCCACGAAGGAUCUCGAUCAGUUAUUCAAGGCGAUGGCACUACAUAUAGAUGAUGAAAAACUCAAAGAUUGGGCUGAUGAAAUGGACGAAGACGCUGUUGGUAUGAUCACCUGGGAUAAAUUCAAAAUUCUGUUCGAACGUAAAUUGAAGGAAGAUGAAGAAGAAAAAGAAUUAAAAGAAGCUUUCCGUGUAUUGGACAGUCAAAAGAAAGGAGUCAUUCCCGUUUCCGACUUACGGUGGAUUUUAAAAAGUUUAGGUGAUGAUAUUACAGAAGAAGAAAUAGAAGACAUGAUAGCUGAAACAGAUACUGACGGGAGUGGCACAGUAGAUUAUGAAGAAUUCAAAAGCUUGAUGUCUUCAGAAUGAGCAUGCGCGAUGGACACCCAGGUUAAAUAUAGCUACAAUAAAUAUUAAUGCCAUUUCCACGAUCAUCGAGUGUUACUGAACUGAAGGUUGUCUGCAGAUCUUAAAAAAGGACAAUUUUGAGAUCGUGAAUCGCCUCUGAACUGACAUUUUGACCUCAUAUCAUACUUCCGCCCGCCAUAUUUGUCUGUGUUGUUAUUGUUACAGGAAGUUAUCAUAAAAUAGCCUGUCAAUAACCCUGAAACUGACAUCUAACAUCUAACACCCGGCUCGCUUAACCUGCACUGUCGCUAGAAAUAUGCCUGCGCUUCUUAGCAGCACUACAGUUUAUCAAAAGCACACUGCGCUCGCAAACUUUAAUACAAUUUCUACUAACAAGCAGAUGUUUUAGUAUUGCAAAACUAAUGUCCUAAACACUGUUCUUUUGUUUACAGAGUUUUAUACUUUGAUGAUGGGAUAAUCUACAUGCUCCAAGAGUUAAAAAAUAUGCCAAUGCUAUUUUCGUUCAUGUAUGGACAUAUUGGACUUUGGCUGAGGACGAUAGCUUUCCAGAGCGACAUUUUUUGUACCAUCUUUUUGGUUAAAUACUUACAUAUAAUUUUCAUGCAGAACCAUCUUUACUCGCUGCUCACCAGUUUAUGCAUGAUAAGAACUUAAAUCAAAUAUUAAGAAUUGUCAUCUUUGAUAAUUAUUUAACGAUAUUCCCUAUUUUCCUUGAUAACAUGUUUGAAAGCCUUCGGAAAACUUAUUAUUUCUUACUAUUUUUAUACUAAACUUUAGCAACAGGACGAAAAACUGCAUGCCCAUUUCUACGUUUGAGAAAUUCUAUUACUAAACAUAAUCAUGGUAACUGCUACUAAGACCAUUGAUACUUUUACACUAAGAAAAGUUUUCGUUAAUGUGGUACGAUCAGUUCUGUGCACGAUAAAUAACUUACUUUCCCCGUAGUCAAAUAUUUACAAAAAAGAAGAGAAAAAAAAAAAUAGAGUAUAAUAUGUUAAAUUAGGUUAUUUUUAUUAUUUGAGUUGCUGCAUGCCUCUUAUCAAAUUAAAUGCACAUUUUGGCAAGGAAUAGUUACACGCUACAGUGCUUGAUACAUAACGCUACAAUGUUACACUUUUACCUCGACACUUAAUCUUUAAAGAGAAACUGAAACACAGUUUAUAUAGAAAAAAUACGUGCUUUUAGGUAAAAUAAUAUUUUUCAUUAUAUUUAUUGAAUUGAAUCUGUUAUUUUUGGCACCUAAUAAAUAGGAUUUGUUAAAUUAAGUAAAAUUAACUAUCUGAUUAUCAAACUUAAGCACGAUAUUUUCUUGUAUGUUUUUUUGUAUACUGUCAUAAAUUAUGACCAGUUUUAGACAGAUCUGUGAUCUACCGCUGACUGCAUUUUAGCUUGUCUGUAAAAACGGUUAAUGCUUGUAUGGAAUUCUUCAGUAUACUCACUAAAAUUGAAACAUGAGCUUAGUUUGGAAAUUUAAGUUAGUUAAACUAAAAUCUGAAUGUAUUUCUUUAACCUCUUGAGUUUUUUGUGAGCUCGGUUAGAAUAACGACAGCACUGUAAAAUCAGAAAUAAAUAUUUUCCUUAAUGUUUCCUUGUCGUGCCCUUUUUAACAGCACUGAUUCAUAAUAAUAACUUCCUUAUAUAGUUGCAAUAAAUAAGAUUAGUUGAUGCUGCAUUUCAUUACAACGAUUCAUAAUUCAUGUCUGAAUAUCGUGUCUGACAAAUGCUAGAGUUAAGUCCCAGUGGCCUUGAAGGUUUAUAUGGUAUUAUGUGAAGAAUUGUUCCAGGCUGGCAUGACGGAAAAAAUGAGUUUUUAUUGUUACUUGUAAAUACACCCAUUUAUUAUUUCCAUAUCAUUUAAAUGCAAUUAUCUUUGAGAAAUAAACUGAUGUUUAAAUUUGA